UGCACAUCAAAAUUUUGACAAAUUACCUUCGUUUUGUGUUCUUUCUCUAACAAUUUUCAUGAAUUUACGCACGAAAACAAUGCUUGAUCACACCAAAAAGUCUCGCAAAUGGCUCAAUAGCCUUAAAUCUGAAUCAAUAUCGUCGAAUUGCGUGCAAUAAUCGUAAUUCUAAGGCGUUUUCAGUUGCAGGAAGAACGUACAGUCGAACAACCCAGUGUGGGGCAAGAGAAUAUCUCCGUGGCACACGCUUGUGGAGUUGCGCGAGAGAUUAGGGCAGUGUGUGCGCGGCAGACAGCUUCACUCGAGUCACCCCCUUGCACUCCCCGGACGCGAAAGGUACACAAAAAACCACUUGUGGCGUUUUCUCCGAAUCAAGCCAGCUCUCUUGUCAUAUGACAUGACGCUCGGCGGAAAAGCACGUGACCGCGUUUGUGUAUGUGGGUAACACGACAAAAAAAACAUCUGCGCUCUGUGGAAAUCACGAGGAGCGGAUUAGUGGCGCAAAAAGGGGGAGAAUAAGUGCGAUAGACGUUCCAGCAAGUGAGACAGCAUGGCGGGAAGAUAUACUGUGCCUGAGGAGACUCUGAGCGAGGGAGGAACGUGAAAUUGGUCUCGCGUCCGAGCACUAAGCGAUCGGGUGCCAAAGCAAGCGAAGGAAGGCGCUCCUAUAUUGUGUGUACAGAAUAGUCGCAGUCAGCUCUUUUGCCAGCAAAUCAUUUCCUUCUCCGCCAGUCGUCGGUGAGCUGUUGCGCAAAGUGGCUGUGUUUUCAUUGCAAAGCUGCCCAUCCCACGCUGUGUGAGCAUAAGUUUUGCAUUUUUAUUCCAGUGCAUCCCAUUUCAAAGCAAGAAGUGAUUUGUGGGUUUAUUUAUUGUGAAAUAUUGAUGUGUGAAAACGACCCAGAGAGAGACACAUUGUGUGUGGUCACAAGAGUUUGUUCAUUAUUCUAAAUUCUAAAAAAAAACAGUGAGAUGACGUGCCAAGAGAAUGUCGUCUGAUCCACAGAGGGGGUCCAGAGUAACGCAAUGGCACUCUUCAAUAAACUUUUCUCCAAGCGGAAGCACGCACCUGUGACCCCAUCACCCCGCAAUGUCAGCACUGACUUCCCAUUCUCAGCUGAUCAAGUGCGCGUGCUGCUUUUUCGUGAGUGCGAAACACCACGGCUCCUCUUUGACUCGGAUUCCAUUCAGCACGUCGAGAAGACUGUGAGGAAUGCCGGACAUCCGUGUACACCGGGGAGGAAAUUGGGUGGAACAUCACUCAAUGGGAAUAUUGUGGAAAUCUCAGAUGGUAUCAUCUACAAGAAGAAGGAUCAGGGAAGUGACUGCGGAAAUCUGGCAGAGAUGAUCUUUGGCACGGUGGCGAUGGCUUUCCGGGGGACAUCGCUUAAAAUUCACUGGCUGCAGUCACCACCACGAAUACUGUGUUCUCAAGUCUUCUUCACACCACUUCAGCUCACCAAUUAUCUCAGUCCUGAGCAAAGUGAUUCCGGGGAUACGAGUUCAAUGAACUCCGUUUCUCUAUCCUUCUCAUUGUGCGUAGAUAAUGCCUCAGAUAAAUCCAAUCGAAUCUCAUCACCACUGGAUGUUCCUACAAAUCCAGAAGAUAAUCGAAUUAAUGGCACAUACAGUGCAUGUGAUUCCGGCUACAGUGGCACAGAUCCGUGGAAUAUUUCUGUGUCCUCCUACUGCCCAAUGUCAUCCACACGGAGUAGCUUUGGAUCCGUCUACAGUGAUCAGGAGGUAUCGAGCCUGCGGAAGCUCAGCAUUGAUUCGUCCAUUGUGGACGGUGGAUACUCGAAUGGGGUGACAAAGAGUAGCGAUGGGAGCCUCCAGAGACGAAUUCUGCGGAAUAUCUCGACGUCCUUUGAGAAUCGGCAGUCCAUGAGUGAUUUUAUUGGGUACAUUGGGGAUAACUACACAGCCAUGGGGGUUGGUGGUAGUGACGGGAGUAUGGGGAGUAGAUUGCGACGAAAUAGUGAGACUGUGGAGUACAAGAGUAAGCCAGAUAUGGCAAGGCGGAAGACUACAAGUGGUGAUGGUAUUGCAGCACACAUCCCGCCACAUUUGCACCGUCAGAAUGCAAGGAGGGCUAGACUAGGACUUGCAGUUUGUAUCAAACUGAGUGAUUCCGUUGAGAAUGAUAUGAGAACCUUCUGCUCUGAACACAUCGCUCUAUUUGAGUCGAUGCUCUGCCGACUGAGAGCCACCGCCGAGACUGCCUACAGCAAUCGCCAGAACUUCUUCCAGACAAUGUUCCGGGCAUGGCAUACGACGAGCCAAUGGAUUGCGGAUCUCUUCACGGCGCCGCGGCUCAUGGAUCCCGUCUGGCUGACCCUGAGCAGGGGGAAUUCCGACAAACCACUAAAAUUGGCAGAUUCCUUCAUGAACGAACUGUUUUCUCUUCUCACGAGUGCCGAUACCAAAGAUACCAACUUCUUCAUCAGUACCCUCCUGACGGCAAUUCUAACCCAUCAUCUUGGCUGGGUGGGAACUGUGGCUCCUUUGUCGAUGCCCCUGGCCUCAAGUGAAGAUGCAGAUGCCGUAAAAUCGGAAGAACGUGCCAAAAUGUCAGAAAUCUCCAAGAGGCAUCCAUACAAUGCAUUAUGGGCCCAACUGGGGGACCUCUUUGGGGCCAUUGGCAGUCCCCCGAAGAUCUCCAAGACAAUUGUGAGUGGAAAUUGUACGCAUGUUGUGGACAAAGUUCUCAACGUACUCACGUACUUCAUUCGAUGCGGGGAAAUUCAACGAGACAUGCGGGAGCCGACGAAAGUGAAGACAACCGUGGAUGGUGUGAUGGAGAACCUCGAGUGUCACACUGUGUCGGCACGAGAGCUCGAUGGGGAUCGUGAUGAGGGUGCAUGGCGACGUUUUGAGAUGCUACGUGAGCUGGGACGGAGUGAGAGCUUACGGAGUGUUGUGGAGAAUAAGCCAAAGGGUGGGAUGAGUCGUUCGGUGACGCAUGUGAAGGAUCUCAGUGGGCUACCGGGUGGUCAGGAGGCCGUUGGUGCGAUUAAUAGUCACAAGAUGCAGUACAUUGAGAGGAAGAAUGUAAUGAAUGAUAUUCCCAAUGUUCUCGUCUAUCGGGAUUCACGUUUUGUCCGUCAAGAGUUGCGUAUUGGGAAUCAUUUGAUGGAUACGGGCAUUGAGAUGAAUAGUAAGUUCAAGAAUGAUGUGCGUACGUAUCAAGUGAAGAACUCCAGGGAGCAGAUAAAGUUCAUGAUAACGGAUAGUAAGGAAUAUGCAUUUGCCGAAGAGAAAUUGGCACGUGUGGAUGAGAUUGAGGAGCAAAUGGAGGUGAUGAGUGUGAAUCUUGGGGCAAUCCGGAAGACAAGUAUGAGUUUUUCGGAAAUUGAACAAGGUGUGGAGAUUGGGGAGGAUACCAUUGAGGCGGAGAGGAGGAUUUACCGUGAUGACAAACCCCAGGGGAAGCUGACGACGUGCAAGAGUCUCUCGGAUCUCAUAACGGAGAAUAGUUUUGGGCAAUCGGGAAGGUUGCUCUGGGGUGUGGAGCCGGUGAAGGAAAAUCUCACAAUUGAGGAGAUAAAGCACCGGGAAUCACGUGAGAAAUCCACCACGGGGAAUGUAGUGUUUGUUCUGGGGGACAAUGAGGAGCUCGUGGGGUUGAAGCAUAGUGGAUCGGUGGAUGCGAUAAAGCCACCGGAUACGCAGCCGGGGGCAAAGAAGAAGGUCUGCAAUCACAAGUACAAGAAACAUUCCGGGGUAAAGUUUAAUUUUGAGCAAUACCCCCAAAUUGCCAAGACGUACAUGCGAAAUAAGAAUUUGGACAUAACUGAUGCGAAUUUUGAGAAAUUGAUAAAGAUGCGUGAUGUGAAGCUGAUGGCUUGCGAGGCGGGAACAAGUAGUAUGGGGAGUUUGACUGAGGAUGACAAUGAGUGUGAUUGUUGCUCCGCGGGUAGUGCUACAUUCCUGCAGACACCGUCAAAUGCUUCCGAAUUGGAAUUUAGUAGUGAGGACAAUAAUUACAACACCCCACCGGCUCCGGGAACAGCAGCCCACGGAGGUCGAAAGAGCAAAGAAAAGGGUGAGAAGAGUGUUCAGGAGGAUGCUGUGAAGGUUGUUGCCAUCCCAAUGCCACAGAGUUUACAAUUUUCUCCCGACACCGCGCCAAUGAAAAUUGCUCAUUCGGGUUUUAUUCCAUCCCUCAUGACGGGCAUUUCGGAUCACUACAUCCCAGAUAUGGUGCUCCAGGGUACGGUGGCACCGACCAAAGACUUCGAAGGUGCUCUCCGGGCUGAUCUCACACUUGCCUCGCACUGUGCCACACUGGAGCAAUUGCCAACGGAGAAUGUGGCCAUUGUGGCGAAUACGGAAAAGUGGUGUGUCUCCGUAAUGUCCUCCCACAGCCCGUCUGGGCUCUCAAUGGGUCACACGGAGAAUCCCGUUGUUAUGUCCCCCCUGGUGGCGUCCAUGCUGGAAACAGUUCAAGCUAUGUGGCGCGUUGGAGCCUCCCCCUAUCAAUGCAUGUCCUUCAUGGAGUCCAAACUCCAGGAGAUCUUCAUGCACAGCGAAACACUGGCAGCAUUCCUCCUUGCCACGGAUUUCUGCUCCAUGAGCUCCGUCACGAAGGCUCUCAAUCUCUCAGCUGACGACGUACCGCUCCUUAUGUCCGUUGCCACGGUGCAUUCACCGCAAGUGGCAAAAAAGUGUGGUGUGAGUUUCCGGCAGUAAAGGAAGGAAUGAGAAAAUUGAAAAUAAGAAUUCCAUGUGAGUGAAAGAAAAAUCCCUUAAAAUACUCGUUUAGAAAAAAAAAGAAACUACAUAAUUAAAUGAUUUUUAGAUGAAAGAAAACCUCAAAAAAUUUCUUUAAAAUCUUUAAAAUCUCAAUGUGUCUUCUCACUGUGUGAAAGGAUUUUUUUUAUUUAAUUGUCUAUAAUUAAUUGUGAUUUAGAGAGAGAGAGAAAACUGCUAUAUAUUUUUAUUUUAUUUUAUUUUUUGAAGAUUAAAAAAUAAAGCAUUUAUCACAACAGUGAGCAAGUGCAGAAAAGUUACGAUGAGAUGAUUUUUUUUGUGUAAGAAAAAAUUGUAUUUUAUCGCCAAAUUGAAUGAAAAAAAGAAAUGAUCUGAAAGAAAAAGGACCUUUUUAAGUAGAAUGGGAUAGAACGUAGCAGUAGUGGCACAAUUUUUAUCUUUUAUCAUCCACCCCCUUAACGUAGCUACUAGGACGCUCUCUCAUUGAAAGAUUUUUUUUAUUAUCGUUUCCCCUACUUGUUAAGGAGAUCUACUAGCGCUUAGAUGUGGUUAUAUUAAUUUUUAAUUAUAAAAAAUGGAUAUUUUUGUAUGAAUCAGAUGAGAAAAUAGGAUUAGGGCAUGAGAAUGUUUAAAAAAAAUAAUAAAGAAAAAAUGUUUUUGAA